AUGGCGAUCAAAGGUUUAGGAAAAAUUGAUCAGAAUUAUGAUGGAAAGAGCGUCAGAGUCGGUAUACUCCAUGCAAGAUGGAAUGCUGAGAUUAUUGACGCCCUAGUUGCAGGUGCCAUUAAAAAAUUGAAAGAGUUCAAUGUCCCCGAGGAAAACAUCAUUGUCGAAUCAGUUCCAGGCUCUUACGAACUUCCAUAUGGAACAAAGAAGAUGUUUGAAAAGUACAAUUUGGAUGUUAUCAUUCCAAUCGGGUGUUUGAUCAAGGGAUCAACGAUGCACUUUGAAUACAUUUGUGAAUCGGUGACAAACCAACUUAUGAAGCUACAAUUUGAGCUUCACAAGCCCAUAAUUUUCGGAGUUCUCACUUGUCUCACUGAAGAGCAAGCACUACAGCGUGCUGGUAUCUUACCAGGGAUGCACAAUCACGGUGAAGACUGGGGGGCAUGUGCUGUCGAAAUGGUUACCAAAUGGUACCAGCAAUAG